AUGGUGAAAGAAGAAAAGUUAACAUUACGCACAAGACAUAUCAAUUGUUUCUAUUGUAUAGCCGUGUCAUUUCUCAUACUCGCCAUUGUUCUCUUUGCACUUUCAUCCCAACAAUCACAAGCAUUGGGCAAUCAACAAAAUCGAACUCCGGUUAUUAUUAGUGCAUCCAUCAUCCUAAUCUUAGCAAUCAUCAUUUUCAUAUGGGUGACUUUCUAUGCUGUCCGAUAUUUUCGUGCAAAAAAACAAAGAGCUUUGCAAUAUUUGAAGAAACCCGGCAAUGAACCGGCUACAGAACGCACAACAACGACACCUGUCAUAGUUUUUAAUAAUGCUGCCUUCACCAAUGAUGAUCCGAUAGCAAUUGAUAGACCUAAUCAUCGUCCGACAACAUCUGUUUAA